AUGUCGUUGCUGCUAGGGCCCCGAGCUGCCAGGCUUCGCUGCUCACCUCCUUUCUCCAGCUUGCUCAGCCCAAAACCGCGGCUAAUCGGGGCGCAGCAAAGCGUCAGAUUCUCUUCUGCGAAAGCCAGCAGUGACCGAGGGACCAGCAGUGAGAGCGUAUGGGGCCUGAAGGAGAACAACCCGGGCUACUGGGAAGGGUACCUGUCCACACGCCCAGUGUACGGGGAUAAGUUCUACAACCGCAUCUACGAGUACCACGCCGCCCAUGCUGGGUCAUCGCCAGCCUCGUUCUCAACCGCCCACGACGUAGGCGCCGGGCCGGGCCAGGUAUCAGUCCAGCUCGCCCGCAAGUUCUCCCAUGUUGUUGUGAGCGACCCCAGCGAGAACUAUCUCGAGUAUGCCAGCCACUACCUCUCAGCACAAGAAGGCCUGUCUCCGUCACAGUUCACGUACUCCGUCUCAACAGGCGAAGAGCUGGGAGCCAAUUUCCCGCCUGCGUCCGCCGACCUGGUCGUCUGCCCGCUGAUGUUCCCGCUGAUGGACUGCAAUGCGGCCCUGACGAGCUUCCAGUCCCUGCUCAAGCCCAACGGGACACUCGCCAUCUGGUUCUACAGCCGGGUACACUUCUCAGAGCCCGAGUAUGCGCAGACCUGCCAGCCGCUGCUGGACCGGAUCAUCAACCACCACUACGGCCGAGAGAUCCAGGGCAACGGGCCAGAGCACUCGGCUAAGUGGAAGCCCGUAGCGGACCAGAUAGCAAGCUGGCUGGACAACGUCCCGUUCGCAGAGGCUGAAUGGCACUCCGUCGAGCGGUGGAAGUGGAACAGGAGCUGGACGGACAUGGGCUUCUUCACGCAGGGCGCAUGCGACUUCAAGGUGGAGCCGACGAGCUGCGUAGGGGAGAAGGAGAAGGUCAUCGAGGUCGAGGACAGAAAUUUCUGGCGCAAGGACUGGGACGUCAGCCAGCUUCGCAAGUUUGUGUACCACAUGUGUCCCUUCAGAGACAUGGAGAGGGAGGCGAUGGGGGAGACAUGGGCGGAGUUGGCGACGAGGAUGGGCGGUGCUCAAGCCCAGCGAGCCUUCUCAUGGCCCGUUGUGCUGAUUCUUGUAUCCAAAAAAUAA